AAAUGUUAUGCUUACUACGGUUACCUUCAUGCUGACUAACAUAUGGUAGUUUGCUAUGAUAAACACUGUCAGUAUCAUCUAAGUCUAGAUAACGGACAUACAUACGGACAUGAUUGGGGGAGGAUUGCUCAACGUCUGCAUGGGGGCGGAGCCAGCAUCAUGUCAGUUGUUUCCUGGAAAGUGAUAAUACUCAAAGUUCAAAUUCUCGUGGGAUGUUUUUUUUUUUUUUUUUUUUUUUAACUCAGUAUAUAAUAAUUUAUUUUUUAUUUUGUGUCUUUUGAUGAAAAUGCCGCAACAACUGCAUGUAAGUAAUGUUAAAUCAUAUGAAAAAUAAAAAAUCGAAUAUUUUUAGGAGGUGCUAUGACUUUUACAGGGGGAGCUAUAGCACCCCCUAAAGCCCCCCUGGCGCCGCCACUGAAUUCAACAUAAAAGUGUUAUCCGUAUUGAAUUGGGACAUAGUAGUGAAAGAUGGGACUGAACGGGAAGUGGCCCCGUAUAACCUGGAUACUUCUCUGGACAGAUGCUUUAUUCUGCAGCGGAGGAUUUGACAGGAAGCUCUUUGUGAUCCAGAUUCAUGUGACAUCUCCGAUUGUGUCUCUGUCUAUCAAUCUGUCCGCUUUCUAUUCACCUGGAAGUGAACUCCUCCUUCCUCACUCAGUGAGACUGUCCACGUCUCAGUGAGACUGUCCACGUCUCACUCUCCCUCUCUCCUUCUUCAUCUCUCUCUGUCUCCUCCCUCUCUCCGUCUCUCACACUCUGUGCUGAAGAGCACCAGGAGCUGUGAGCAGAGGAAGCGGGAAUAACCUCGCGAGCAGCCGAGCCGUUAUGAGCGGGUCAGCGCCUCUCAGCUCUGCCACCGGCUAGCACCGGGAGAAGAGGAGGCGAAGGGAGGAAAUCACACUAAAGGGGCUUCUAAAUAAAUGUCUUUCGCUGUCCAUCUGCAUCAUGCUGUACUUCCAGCUGGUCAUCAUGGCCGGAACCAUCAUGCUGGCCUACUACUUCGAGUACACGGACACCUUCACCGUGCACGUGCAGGGCUUCUUCUGCUACGACACGUCGUACACCAAGCCGUACCUCGGGCCGGAGGAGAGCAGCGCCGUCCCGCCCAUCCUGCUGUACGCCGUGGUGGCCGGGCUGCCCACGCUGCUGAUCACAAUCACUGAGACAGUGCUGUUCCUGGUCCAGUACACAUCCAAAGAGUUUGAUCGCUCAGAGAAGAUAGUGGCAACUGGCGACUGCUGUUACCUCAACCCUUUGGUGCGCAGAACCUUCCGGUUUCUCGGAGUCUACGCCUUUGGCCUCUUCACGGUUGACAUCUUCGUCAAUGCAGGGCAGGUAGUGACAGGGAACUUGGCGCCAUACUUCCUGACGGUGUGUAAGCCAAACUACACAGCACUCGGAUGUCAACAGGCGCUGCGCUACAUCAGCCACCAAGAGGCCUGCACAGGGAAUCAAGACGAUGUCCUGAGGGCCCGCAAGACCUUUCCCUCAAAGGAGGCUGCUCUCAGCAUCUACGCCGCUCUCUAUCUGGCUAUGUAUGUGACCUGCACGGUCCAGGCCAAGGGGACGCGCCUGGCUAAGCCCGUCAUGUCUCUGGGGUUCAUGUGUCUCGCCUUCCUCACUGGCCUGAACCGUGUGGCGGAAUACCGCAACCAUUGGUCGGAUGUCAUCGCAGGUUUUAUCAUUGGCAUGGCCAUCGCCACCUUCCUGGUGGUGUGUGUCGUUCAUAACUUCAAAGGCAAGCUGCUGCUGAAUGAGGACUCUCCUGCUGAGUCGCAGCCCAACACAGCCAUGCUGAACAUGGGUCACCUGGACAGUCCUCUGGAGAAGUACAUCGCUUCCCAGAAUCACAUCGCCUUCGCUGAGGUCACAUGACGUGGAAUCAGCUGUAUGGCAGACCCAUUGGACGUCCACACUCUUCACCGUCCAGUCUUAUUAACCGGAGUGCAGCACUAAACCAUACUGCGUGUGUCUGUAUGUUGUUGUUCUAUGUUGUCUCUAUCAGGCUCCUAUUGUCAUCCACAGUUUACUGAACUCAAAAAGGGGCAAAAACAGUUAGUUGUCAGUAACUCAGUGAGACAGGCUGCUUUUGCUAUCCUCCAUCUAUGCACUUAUUCUGAGUUCUUGUCAGACUCUUUCCUCCCAAAUAGGGAAUUUUAAUGCUAUUAAUUCUAAAGGCUUCAACAACCAGAAGAAUUGAACAUGUUCACAUACGAGUAAAACAGUUUUGUUGCAAUAUAGUCAUAGCAUAGAGAAGCACACCCAUUUUAAAUUUUGAGUUUCAUAUGUUAAAAGGAAAAAUAAAAUGUCUUUUUAAAUGUGCAAUAUUAGCACAUUUUCCAUAUGAUGAGCUGGUAAAGAUCAGAUCAGUUCUACUUUAUGCCAAACUAAUAGCACAGUUUACACUUUCUGUUUGAGUUGGUGACAUGACAGCAAAAUAAUAUAUAUAUUUGAACAGCAAAUUGACGUACGGGAUUUUUACACUGGAUGCAGAUUCAGUACUUGGUAAACUUAUUAAAUGCAGACUUAAAAAAGAAAUCAAAUAUAUGUAAAAAGUUUAAUGUUCAAAAAUAAUCCAAAUUUAACAGAAGUUGUCUUUCACAGGACAACACCUUUGGUGUGAAUGUUAGAGAAAAGGUUUUACUUAAAUAUGAUUAAAUCUUUUCAGAAAUGCUUAUCCCUGAACAGCAUUUUGAUAAUGCCAGUUUUUCCUUUCAUUUUAUUUGCUGUUUGUAGAUAGAUGUACCAUUCCAAAAACUUCUCUGCCUGCUUUUAGGCAAUAUGGCCUAGCUUGUUUUGAGUAAAUCUGCUUAGAUUUUAUAGUUAUUUGUUUGUUUUCUGUUCUUAAAGGUGUUUUCUUGUAAGAAAUGGGCCAAAAAAGCAUCUGAGCUGUAGCAGUCAACACUACCUGGAAACACAGCAGACUGUCCAGUCCCAUGCACACUGCUGUGAAUCACUCACCUCAGUUUUAUUAAGAACCUUAGAACCAGAACCAGAAUUUAGUGAAAAAGAUGCAUUGAAAACAGCAAACAUUUGUAGGUAUGAAUGUGUACACUAAAUGGUGGGACCGUACUGUAACAAAACUGUUAAAAACUUUAUCAGCUGCACAAGACAAUCAUCUUGUUGUUCCAUCAGUUCAUCCUGUUGUUUCAGUCAGGAACAGCACGUCCAACAGGACAAAGCGUUCUGUUUCUCCAGUGAAAAUAUUCAUGAGGUUUAUCCUCCAUGUGUUUGUUUUUUUUGAGAUCAGCAUCAGCAGCAUGCUCCACCAGAUAUUCUUCCUGGUGUCAGUUUACAUAAAAGGUUACAAAAAGGUUACAUUUGUAAAAAAAAAAUAAAAUUAGAGAUGAAGUAUUAA